GUCCGCAUCCCAAGUCGCGCAGUCAGUAACCACCUCGGCUCUUUAGGGCUUAACUGUUGCCCCUUUUAACUUUUCGAUUUUGGGGGCAUCAUGGACCAAAAUGGAAUGGAGAUUCCUGUGACCCUCAUCAUUAAAGCACCGAACCAGAAAUACAGUGACCAGACUAUUAGCUGCUUCUUAAACUGGACCGUGGGGAAACUAAAAACUCAUCUAUCUAACGUGUACCCUAGCAAGCCAUUGACGAAGGAUCAGAGAUUGGUGUAUUCGGGCAGACUGCUUCCUGAUCAUCUGCAGCUGAAAGAUAUUCUCAGAAAACAAGAUGAGUAUCAUAUGGUUCAUCUAGUAUGUACUUCUCGGACUCCUCCCAGUUCUCCAAAAUCCAGCACCAGUAGAGAAAAUCAUGAAGCAUUGGCAUCCAGCAGCAAUUCUAGUUCAGAUCAGUCAGGAUCAACAACUCCAUCGUCCAGUCAGGAAACCUUGUCUUUAGCUGCCAGUUCUUCCUCCGAAGGAUUGAGGCAACGUACCCUUCUGCAGGCACAAACCGACCCAGCACAAAGUCAUCAGUUCCCAUAUGUAAUGCAAGGAAAUGUAGACAGCCAGCUUCCAGGGCAGGCGGCCCCUGUCGGCUUCCCAGUGUACCCUGUGUUCAGCCCCCUGCAGAUGCUGUGGUGGCAGCAGGUGUAUGCCCAUCACUAUUACCUGCACUAUCAAGCUGCAGUUUCAGCUCAGGCCACAUCAAAUGCCAACUCAGACCAGCCUGCUGCUUCACAGCCUCUAAAUUUGGCACAUGCUCCUGGAGAAGAACCCCAAGCAGCCCCAAACCUAGUGGCCCAAGAAAACCAACCCAUGAAUGAGAAUGUUCAAAUGAAUGCACAGGGAGGUCCACUGCUAAAUGAAGAGGACUUCAACCGAGACUGGCUGGACUGGAUGUACACGUUCUCACGAGCUGCAAUUCUUCUUAGCAUUGUAUACUUCUAUUCUUCUUUUAGUCGCUUUAUCAUGGUCAUGGGAGCCAUGGUUCUAGUUUAUUUACAUCAAGCUGGAUGGUUUCCUUUUAGGCAAGAAGGAGGCCAGCAACAAGCUCCCAAUAAUAAUGCUGAAGUUAACAAUGAUGGGCAAAACGUAAACAACCUAGAACUUGAAGAAAUGGAGCGUCUGAUGGAUGAUGGGCUUGAAGAUGACAGUGGAGAAGAUGCAGGUGAAGAUGCCAGUGUGAUUCAAAGGCCUGGAUUAAUGGCAUCAGCUUGGUCUUUUAUCACCACCUUCUUUACUUCGCUGAUACCAGAGGGACCUCCCCAGGUUGCCAAUUAGACCUGAAAAACUGUGCCAGCUGCAAAGGAGGGUCUGACUGUACUAAAGUGUUUUAAAUAACAGUGCAAUUUCAAAAAAUUUAUUACUUUCUUUUGAUCAUCAUGUACAGAGGCAAUUUUUCUUUAGGCUUUUCAUGCAUAUGAAUAUUUCAAGCACAUAUGGACUACUAAAUGUGUGAUAUUUUUUUUUAAGGACUCUAACAGAAUGUAGUAUUACAGUAUUGGUCUUACAGGUUUAUUAAUUUCAAUUAUGUAUGUUAUACCAAGAUAGACCUAUAUGUGCAUCUUAUAUCUUUAAAGAGCUGCUUCACAUAUAAAUGUCUAUAGCUAAUAGCCCAGCCCUUUAAUGUGUAAUUUGAAUAAAUGUAUCUAUUUUCUGUGAAUUAUCCUGAAAGUUUUAAACAGAAUGACCUCAUAGUUUUUAAUAAAGACUAUUAUUUAUCUAAAAUGUGCUACUAGCAUCUUACCCAGCCAUAAAGCAAUAAACUUCUCAAUAGUCUCAAUUUUGACAUUUGAAUAAAUAAUGGAAACUUUCUAUUUUAAGGGCAUGUAUCCCAUCAAUUGGAAUUAGUACCUUAAGAGAAAAAGGCAGCUCUUCAAUGGAAUUAAUAAUGAUAUAAAAUGUUUGAUACAGGCAGUACUUUUAUAAAAUAUGCUGGAAAUUGCUCCCUGUAAUUUUUUAAAUAAAAGGUCAAUUAUGGUAAA